CUUCUCUUCCUGGGUCAGAUCCUCCAUUGCGAGCUGGAAGCCCGGACUGAGCAGCGGGUAAGGGGGCAGAGACCGGCAUUAACCCCCCUGUGUGCUCAACCCAGGUGGGGACUUUCUCUGGUGGCUGGAACCGGGCUCUGCUGACCUCAGCUGGAGACUCCAGCAGGUGAAGAGAUGCUGAGUGAGAAUGAAGAGGAGAACCUCCAGUAGGGAAAACCCCUAAGCAAGUGGAGCUGCAUGGGACGUUAUCGGGAAGAUCUAAAUGGAACGUUUCCAGGAGAGUUGACCAUGGAAAAUCUUGUGAGAGUCAUUGCAGGUCAGAGGGACAGCAGAGAAACCAAUUGUGGAAGGAAGUAAUUAAAUACAUUACUUGUGAGGAAGGGUGCAAAGACCUCAAGGAAACCACAGCCCAGCAGGGAAUCCACACGAGAGAAAAAACACACGCACAAUGCACAGCAAAAACUUCAGUUUGAGAUUGCACUCUUUUAGACACCAGAAAACCCACACAAGAGAGAAACUUUAUAAAUGCUUUGAGUGCGGAAAAAGAUGUAGUGACAACUCGCACCUUAUUAGACAUCAAAGAAUUCACACAGGAGAGACCCUAUAACUGCAUUGACUGGGAGUUGGUUUAGCAACAGAAGUACACUUUAUUAGGCAUCAGAGAACCCCCACAUAGGAGAGAAACCCUACAAAUGAAUUGAUGGUGAGAAACAUUUUUUCAGAGCUCACAUCACAGAAUCCAGACAGGAGAGAAACCAUGUAAAUGCCAAACCUGUGGGAUACAUUUCAAUCGGCGGUCAACCCUUGUUUGAUAUCAGAGAGUCCAUACAAGAGAGGCGCCCUAUAAAUACCUUGAUGGUGGGAAAAAUUUUAGUGACGACUCACAACUUAUUACACAUCAAAGUGCCCACAUGGGUGAGAGACCCUAUAAAUGCUUUGACUGUGGGAAAAGUUUCCUUCAGAGCGCACAUCUUAUUGUGCAUCAGCGAACCCACACGGGAGAAAUGCCCUAUAAAUGCCCCGACUGCGGGAAAAGCUUCAAUCGAAGUGCAAAUCUGGAGAGACACCAGAUAGUCCACAUACGAGAAAAAGCACAUAAAUGCCUCGACUCUGGGGAAAAGGUUAGUGAUAAGUCACUUACUACACAUCACAGAAGCCACUCAGAAGCGAAACCCUAUGUAUGCAAGGACUGUGGGAACAGUUUCAUUCAGAGCUCAGAUCUUAUCGUGCAUCAGAGAGUUCAUACCGGAGAAACACCCUAUAAAUGUCCCGACUGUGGGAAAAACUUCAGUCGAAGUUCAAAUCUUACUAGACAUCAGAGAACCCACAGAGGGGAGAAAACCCAUAAAUGCCUGGACUGUGGGAAAAGUUUCAUUCAGAGCUCAGAUGUUAUUGUGCAUCAGAGAAGCCAUACAGGAGAAACGCCCUUUAAAUGCUCUGACUGUGGGAGAUACUUCAGUCGGCUUUCCAACCUUGCUAGACAUCAGAGAAUCCACACGGGGGAAAGACCCCCAUACGUGCCUGGAGUGUGGGAAUAGUUUCAUUCAGAGCUCAGAUCUUCUUCUACAUCAGAGAAUCCACAUGAGAGGGAAAAAAACAUAAAAGCCUCCGCUUGUGAGCAAAAGUUUAGUAACAAGUCACGUCUUAGCACACGCUGGAGAACCCACGUUGGAGAAAGCCCUUAUUAAACCCUGGACCGUGGAAAAAGUUUCCAUCAGAGUUCAGUUCAUAUUUCACAUCAAAGGAGCCACAUGGCAGAGUGACUGUGUACGUACUCCGAAUGCAUGAACUGUUUCAUUCACAGCUCACAGCUUUGUAUACAUCAGAUAGUCCAUGCAGGAAAGAGACUCUAUAAAUCAGUAACUCUCAACCUUUCGAGACGACUGUUCCCUUUUCCGGAGGUUGAUUUGUCUGGCCUACCCCCAAGUUUCGCCUCACUUAAAAAUAACUUGCUCACAAAAUCAGACAUAAAAACACAACAGGGUCACAGCCACCAGUACUGCAAGGUGGCUGCCUUUCUCAUUGUUACCCUGUCAUUCUUAAAUAAAUUGUCAGCUGUAGAUUGAGAAACACUGAUAUAGAUGCAAUGGUGACUAGUAACUGUUGAUGGUGGAGGCACAAUGGCAGCCCCCUCCCUCUUGCCGCACAGCCAUGGUCAACCUUCUGGUGACGGCCCAGGCCCCCUUCAGCAACCCCCUCUGACCACAGAACCCUGGGCGGUCACCCAUGUCACCCUCCCGGGACCAGCCUUGGGGAAAAUGGCACUCUGGGGGAAUUGGUAUUUUGGUGUUCUGGCCCCCGCUGCCUCCCCGGACCCCCACCCAUCCCCCCCAGUCCCUGCUUCCUCCUCCAUCCCCCCACACACCU